AUUGUAAGUGAUAACAUGGAUGCCAAUGCUUGGAUGGAUAAGGCUCUACACGAAGCCCAAAUAUCUUUAAAAAGAGGAGAAGUACCUGUAGGCUGUUUAUUUAUUUAUAAAAAUGAGAUAAUAGCAACAGGUAGCAAUACUGUUAAUGAAACAAAGAAUGCCACUCGCCAUGCUGAGCUUAAUUGUAUCGAUGAUGUUCUAGUCUAUUGUCAGAAAAACAAUCUUAAUUCUAAGGAAGUUUUUACGAAAAUUGAUGUUGUAGUCACAGUGGAACCUUGCAUAAUGUGUGCUGCAGCUUUACACCAACUGCGUAUUAACAGCAUAAUUUAUGGCUGUGCCAACGAUAGGUUUGGAGGCUGUAAAAGUGUUUUUGAAGUAUCUAAAGUUUAUGAUUCUAAAAUAAAUGUAGUAGGUAAUGUAAAAGGCGUUGAAGCGAUGCAAUUACUUAAAGAUUUUUACAAAGGUACAAACCCUAACGCGCCAGAAACCAAAAAAGGUAGAAAGAAAAAAUUGGACAAUAACUGAUUGAUUUUUCAAAAACGCCAAACAAAGUAUAAUAGUGCAUUGGAUUUAAAAAAAGUGGAAUUGUUUACUUAAAAUAGUUGCCAACUAAAAUAAAUUGUUAAUUUUAAAAAGUAUACAAAAUGCUAUAACUGUGUUGACCAAGUAGAUUUCAAGUGAGUAUAUUAGGUACUGGAAAAUUCCAAGUAUGUUGAUAAUUUUAUGAAUGUAAAUUUUUUACUUUUUUUAUUUAUACAUAUAUUUUACAUGCAUUUUUGUAAUUCAAACUAUGUACAUUAUGUAAAUUUAAUAAAACAAUUCAGAGGUACUUAGUAUCAG